AUGCCAAUACAGGUGUACUUUAAAGUGAGAUGCGAUACUCAUUCAUCGCAGGAACUAAGAAUCGUGGGAGAUAUUCCAGCUUUGGGCAUGUGGAAUCCAUAUAAUAGUCUGACUUUGCAUACCAAUAGAGAAAUAUAUCCAUUUUGGGUAGGAUAAAUUUAUGAGGACCUAGAAUAAAGUAAAAUUGAAUAAAAAUUGUAGAUACUCUGAUUCAAUUUAAAGCAGUUAUUCUUGAAAGCGAUGAGAUUAUUUGGGAAUAGAGUGAAAACAGGGCUAUUUAAAUCAGAUACUAAUCGUAGAGUGUCUUAUUUACUUUUAGUGGCACAUUCACAUAGAUGGUGAAAAUCCAAUCAUAUCUUGAUUAGCCAUCGGAUUCCGAAUCAGAAUCAAUUGAUAUUAGUAUAUUGUUUUAUAUUUAUAAAUGUUAGAGGGAGCAAGGAAAAUCUAUCUUUAGACAUCUAAACAUCCAUAUGAUUAUGAAUUCGUGAGUUCUGUAAAAAACCUAGUUUAAUUAGGACUCUGGAAGAGAAAAGAGCGAAUAGUAGAGUUCUCAUAAAUCAAGUUUAAAUUCGAAGUCAUCGAGCUUGGAAUAAUUGGACAACUAAGAAACCGCUUAAGAAAAAAUUGUUUAAAUUUCGAGUUUUAGAUUCUGA